AUGGACAGAGAUACAAUUUUGUUAAGCAAGCUGUGUUACAAGGAUAAUACACAAUACACGGAUUCCGACACAUCCUUCCACUGGUUCUGUCAUCAAAGACGCGCCCUCGUUCCCAGCGUGACCCUGCUUUCUUUGUUGAUCAACUCAAGAAUCGCAUUUCUCCAAUCGUCUCGUAUUCAGAAGGACGGUUUUAUUGUCGAAUUCCCUUGCGAAUAUUGUCGUUUCAACGAUUAUCCUUGCGUGAUGGAUGAUAAAAAUUCAAAAUGUGCCGCUUGCACUCGUCGUGGUCGUCCCUGUGAACGCCGGUUUCAUAGUGAAAGGGAAUGGAAUAAACUGAAAGAGUCUGAACAGAAAAUUUCCCGUGAGCUUUCUGAAGCCUUAUCUCAACAGGCCGAGCUUUCUGCAAAAAUCGCUCGAUUGUUCCGUCAACAAGAAUUCCUUAAAGAGCGUGGUGUGAAUAUGAAGUCGCAUAAUCAAAAAGUGCUGGAGAUUCUGGAUUCAGAGAAUCCCCCAACCGAGGCCGAGGUAGCCGCUGCCGAUGCAGAGAUUAUGCGAGAACAACUGGAAUCCCAUGUUCUUGCUGCGACCUCUGAGGAACUUGACGAGUUAUUCGCCAAUCUUGGACAAUUUCCUGCCGAUCUGAUGGGUGUCGUCGGCGAUACCUCUCUAGAACUUCCGGUGCUCCCGCGAGGUUCUCAAUAG